GCAUUUCAUUAUUUUUGCACAGAAUGAACGCGAUAUUCUUUGCCAAAAUAGGCAAAGAAAUUGCAACAGAUUCAAGCAAAGUAUUACAUUUUAGUAAAUAACAAGUGACAUUACACAGGCGCCAUUCCAUUUUUUCUGCGAAUGGGUUCUCAUUUACCAUUGUAAAGAGCAAAUGCCUAAAUAUUCUGUGUUUAUGCAGUAGCCUACAUGCUAUAGUCUGACUGACUGUAGCAAAUAUUAAAACUAAACAUUUUAUAACUGAUUAGCUUCUGUAGGAAUUGUCCGGCAGCGGCUUUACAGAUGCGUGAAAAUUCAAACGAACUCUAUUAAAAGUCUUGAUUUGUAGUUUUUAUAUGACUAUACGGCUCUAGCACACAUUAAUAUAAUUGUGUUGCGUUUAAACAAACCAGGCAAAGUAACACGUAAAUCUGCUAUGACAGCCAUGAGUUUUUAGGCUAGACACCAGUCAUAUCGCUAUUCAUAAGAACGCAACUGCAAUUAGGCUACAAUUGUCGACAUUAUUCAAAGUUCAAAGAGGCCAACAGCUAUCACUGGUUCAGGGUCAUUUAAAGGAAUGCAACUAGCCAAAUUGUUUUCUGACAAACACAAUUAACUAAGAUCAAAGUGCCUCUUAUCACUCCCCGCCUGGUGUCUAAUGCGUACCACAGGGAAAAUUAGUUUUCUCUGAUUAACGCAUCAUUGUAGACCACAUACCAGUGUAAUCCGGGAUUGUCAUUUAAAAUCAUUUGGCCGUGCCUCCUGCUAUGCUAUUUUUAAUGCUUUGUUUAAAAACUGUUAAAACAUUAGUUUAUAAGUCACUGAUUUUGAAAUGAUUAAUCGGCAUAAGCAAUGACGUUAUGACAACAUUUACGAAUCACAAUGACUAAAGUAAGCGUUUCAGAAAAUUGAUUAACGCAAAACCAAGGAUUCCAAUAUCUGGCUACGAAGGGUUAAGCAGACAGCAACCUGAAUUGCACACCGCUGUUUCGCCACACUCUCGGCGCCUUGUAGCGCCCUCCGGAGGUCACAGAAAAUAGAGCACAGCUGUGAUUUAAACAGAAACGAAAGCCGGGAAACAUCUAAGUGGACUCUACUAUUCCCAUUGAGAUUUAACUUCUUUUCUGAGUGUUAUAGUUCCGUCAUCGGGACUUCAGUUCCGGAGGUUAAUCCUAUUUUUUAACACGAGAUCCUUACAUUGCCCGGUUCUAUAUUUUUUUUAAAGAUAGUACAGAAGUCUAUGGCUUGCAUCAGAACUUCAGGACGAUGAGCGAUAACCGUGGUGCCGCCAUUUCCCGGUGAAAAAAAAGCGUCUUAAACGAUCUUUCAGUUAAUAAAAAAAGAUAAACAAAACCAUGGAGGCCGAUGCGGCAUUUGCAUCACUAGAUUCUACAGUGCAUCCCCGCGACCCGGCUCCUGGCUACCUGUUCCGUAUGUUCCGCGAGUAUCAGAACAACUCAGUCAUAGUUGCCCACUACAACUACACGGGAAAGUUGUCGGGGAACAAGUACCGGGAGGGUCUGAAGCCUGUGGACAUUGUGUUUCUGGUCAUCUGCCUGCUCAUCGUGUUGGAGAACACAGUGGUUCUGGUGGCCAUUUGGCGCAACAAGAAAUUCCACCUGCCCAUGUACUACCUUCUUGGAAACCUGACCCUUUCUGACUUGCUGGCAGGGUUCACCUACAUGGUGAACAUUGUAACAUCGGGUGCCAACACGCUGCGGCUGACUCCUGUGAAGUGGUUCUUGCGGGAGGGCGGGGUUUUCAUCACGCUGGCAGCUUCCAUCAUCAGCCUGCUGGCCAUCGCUAUCGAGCGCCACGUUACCAUGGUGAGGAUGAAGCCCUACCAAGGGGCCAAACGAGGCCGCAUGUUUAGCCUUAUAGGAGCUAGCUGGGUGGUGGCAGCUCUGCUGGGGGUGCUGCCCAUAACAGGCUGGAACUGUAUAGGGGGUCUGGAGAGCUGCUCCACGGUGCUGCCGCUCUACGCCAAGAGCUAUAUCCUCUUCUGCGUCUCCAUAUUCAUUGCCAUCCUACUGGCCAUCGUGGUGCUCUACGUCCGAAUCUUCCGCAUUGUGAAGUCCAACACACAGCGGCUGAGCAUUGGCGGAGGAGGGGGCACGGUCGCCUCCCCCUCGCCACGCAGGGGCUCGGCCCGCAAGUCGCAGAAGUAUCUGGCCCUGCUGAAGACGGUCACCAUCGUGCUGGGCGUGUUCAUUGCCUGCUGGCUGCCCCUCUUCAUCCUCCUGCUAACGGACUUCUGCUGCCCGCGCGGUGAAUGCGGCGUGCUCCUCAAGGCCGACUACUUCCUGGGGGUGGCCAUCAUCAACUCCCUGCUCAACCCCAUCAUCUACACGCUCACCAGCAGGGACAUGCGGCGGGCCAUCCUCCGCUUGCUGUGCCGCCGUUGCCUGGUGACCAAAGACGGGCACAUGAGGAAGAUCGGAAUGCCCUUCCUGGACUACAGUACCAGCAAGACAGAGGUGGCAUCCCACCGGCUGGAGGGCCAGGACAACGUCUCCACCGGCAACAUCACGCCCUCGCAAAUCAAGGCCCUCUACUCCAAAGUGCUCAGGACGUGAGGCCCUGAUCUGGGCCACGUGAGAACAUUUUGUUGAACUGGCCAACAAGAACUCAUUUUUUAAUGCCAGUGAAAGCCUCGGGGAAAGCACAGAUGUAAUAAUCCCGUCGCAGCGGCAUACUGACAGAAACUUCAAAUGUUGUUUUUCUUUUUGUUUUGUUUUUUGCAUUCUCCUUUCUUUGCAAUUCACUUUAUCUGGGACCUUUAAAAAAUCCUAGAAUUUCAUGUGUUCUGAAUUCCACCUACUGCUUUAUGAGCACACACCCUCUUGUGAGGAUGUCAGUUAAAUCUUGCAGUAGUGUUUUGAAUUUCCAAAAACAAGCUGAAAAAAACUGAUACUCAGCUGCAGAGUUGGAAGACAAAAAUACAUUUCAGCAACAAUACAGCUUGCUUCAAAAACUCUCAGCCUUCCAAAAUUACAAACAUAAGUUAGGUCAGGUUUGACACCAGCUAUGCUUCCACUCGCUCUGAAAGUUUUUUUUUUUUCUUUUCCUUUGUGUUUGAAAAGCCAAUGCGGUCACCAGAGGUGAGGGAAUUUAUGUGUGAAUGUCACCUCGCUGCUAGAGUGUAAAAACGAAAACCACCGGGCUGAUUUGAGCGCUGUCGGUGUGGUCGUGUGAAGCGGCGUCCUAACGUGGGUGAGAGCAAACAUCACGUACUCGUGGCAGCUCAGUAAUUCUACCAAAGCAAAUCUCAUCAGUUACGGGACACGAUGACAAUUCUCGUCUUAUAUUUUCUGGUUCACGGUCACCGAUGUUCAGAUUAAAGCAACCAUUUAAUGUACAGACUUUUGGACCAGUGAAUCUCAGUCUUCAGCUAUAAAGUCCUCAACCUGUGGUGACUGAAGAGGCAAACGGACAGUGUUUUUGGAAUGCAAGGACAGGUUCCACUGGAAGCCUGCAUAUUUUGGAGAAGACCGUGCUUCGUGGAGCCUCACAGGGAAUUAUGGGUAAAUUAGGGUACCCAGAAGGAAGCUAGCAACCAUGCAUGUAAACUAUACUGUGAAGCACUCGACAACCUGUCAAAUAGAAAGGACACAGGGCGAUUCCCCUCUCGUCUGCUUAGGCCUUCUCUGUCAUGCUUUUUCAAACCCAAAUAUGGUGUUAUGACUAUGAUUAAGACAAUGCCUGUUCACUAUAAGAGAUUUAUAGCCCGCCUGCAAACAGUAGCACAGGUGUAAUCUAUUUUAUUUUUUUGGUGACAUGCAGUUUUUGACCUGUUGUGCAUGUACAUAGGCACAGGACUUAAGUCUCCCCACAGCUAGAAGACAUGUUGUGGCUGACCAACUGGAACCAGGUGCCACAGAGGAAUUCACCACUGCUGUUCACUGACUCCAGCAGAGAUUGUGGUGCCGGUCAUGGCUACCUCGUGGCAAAAAUGUGGUUGUCAGUACAACCGGACAACCAAACCAGCACCUUGAGCAAUACUCAUCUAAACAGAAGCUCAAUUUAUUUAAAAAAAACUAAUAAUACAAGAAGCAAUAUACUGACGUUGACAAAAUGCACCUACCAUGUAAAAUAAAUGUGCCCAGGUGGACGGUUAAGUGCCCGGGAACUCUGGAAAGCUCUCUGGUCAGCAGGCAUUUGUUGUGUGGUCUUGGGGCUAUCGCAUAUCCAGUCAGCCAGAGCAGCAGGUCCCACAUGUAAUAGCCUGUCGUGACUCCAGAUCUUAUGCAACUGAAGUUUUAUUUACGGUCCUUACAAUCUAUAGCUGAUGACGCCUUUCCUUUGUGAGACAAUUUGACACAGAAGUUAAUAAAAUAGGUAAAGUGGAUAUUAUCCCCUUAUAAGCUAGUGUUUUGGACCUGUGUGCUGAAUUCCCAUUCAGGGGAAAGUGUCUCCUUCCUAUUGAAUCUGGGAAUGUGGCUUGAAAUAAUGCCCACAGAAAUGUAUACAAAUGUAUACAUGGAAAAAGUGUUCCAUCUUUCACCUUUAUGCAUUUUUGUACAUAGAAAAAAUGUAAGUUGCUUAUCAAAAUGUAUUUUCAUAAUGGAUAUUUGUUUGAAAUUUUUAAGUUAUGUUCCUUUUUUAUGUGAGACCAUUUCAUAUGCACUUCGGAAGAAUAAAGUGAAUUUAUUAAAUGUCAAAA